GAUAAACUCAUAUGCACAAAAUUAGCUUCAAAAAAAUGAAGUCUCCGCACUUUCUAGUAUUUUCAUUUCUUUUUGCUGCUUUCUUCUCAUUGUCAUGGGCAACCUCGGCUCAUACUCAUGAGAGUUUUCUUCAUUGCCUUUCCCUUCAUUCCGAAGACUCCUCUUUCAUUUCGAAAAUCAUCUAUGCACAAAAUAAUUCUUCAUAUUCGUCUGUUUUGGAGUUUUCAAUGCAUAAUCUCAGGUUCUCCACGCCAACUACCCCCAAACCACAGGUCAUUAUAACACCAUUUUAUGAAUCCCAUCUUCAAGCAACAAUUUACUGUUCAAAAAAACAUGGACUUCAAGUUAGAACUCGAAGUGGUGGCCAUGAUUUUGAAGGCAUUUCUUAUGUUUCUAAAGUUUCAUUUGUCAUUAUUGAUUUGAUUAAUUUUCGAUCAAUUGACAUUGAUGUGGAAAACAAAGUUGCAUGGGUUCAGUCUGGAGCAAUUCUUGGUGAGCUAUAUUACAGAAUUGCUAAAAAAAGUAAUACUCUUGCCUUCCCAGCCGGUGUUUGUCACACUGUAGGUGUUGGUGGAUAUUUUAGUGGGGGAGGUUAUGGCUUAUUAUUUCGAAAAUACGGUCUUGCUGCUGAUAACAUAAUUGAUGCUCAAUUCAUUGACGUUAAUGGACGAAUUCUUGAUAGAAAAGCUAUGGGAGAAGAUUUAUUUUGGGCCAUUCGAGGAGGUGGAGGGGGUAGCUUCGGCAUCGUCAUCGCAUGGAAAUUAAAGCUGGUUCCUAUUCCAGCAACUGUGACUGGAUGCAUCGUUAGCAAAACGUUAGAACAAAAUGCGAUCAAACUUGUCCACCGUUGGCAAUAUAUUGCACACAAGCUGCCUGACGAAACAUACUCCUCGGUUGCCUUAAGAAGAGUGAAUUCUAGUCAAGAUGGGAAAAAGACUGUUCUAGCUUCCUUUAGAUUAUUCUUUCUCGGUGGCGUUGAUGAGCUUGUUCCAUUGAUGCAAGAGAGAUUUUCGGAGCUUGGACUAGUAAAGGAAGAUUGCACUGAAAUGAGUUGGAUUGAAUCUAUUCUCUACUUUGGCCAAAUUAGGAAUAAAUCCUUGGAUGUUUUACUUGAUAGGACUUUUCAAAGUCCUCUCUUUAGUCCAGCCUUCAAAGCAAAAUCUGACUACGUAAAGGAACCUGUUCCUGAAAUUGCGUUAGAAGGGCUAUGGUCAAAGCUUUAUGAGGAAGAAGCAAAAUCUGCCGGUGUACUUUUUGUGGCUUAUGGGGGGGAAAUGGAUGAGAUUCCAGAGACUGCAACUCCAUUUCCGCAUAGAGCUGGCAACUUAUACAAAAUCUUAUACGCUGUAGGUUGGCAAAAAGAAGACAACAAAAAUUCCCAGAGGUACGUAAGUUGGAUUAGGAGAGUUUAUAGCUAUAUGAGUUCCUUUGUUUCAAAAUCACCUCGAGAGGCAUAUAUCAAUUAUAGAGAUCUUGACAUUGGAACUAACAACAAAGAUAACACUAGUUAUGCACAAGCAAGUGUUUGGGGUCAUAAAUAUUUUAAGAAUAACUUUGAUAAGUUGAUAAGUGUGAAAACAAUGAUUGAUCCAGAAAAUUUCUUCAGACAUGAACAAAGCAUCCCUCCACUUUUGUCCAGAUGGAAGAAAAGAGGCAAUUAGAGUGUAUAUAACCUUGGUGGACGCUUUUAAUUAGAAAAGCACACAUCAUAGCUCUAAAUAAAAUGUUUGAUUAGUUCUUUGUUACCAUUUCUGGCUGGCAUAAUGCAUGAGUAGUAUGCAUAACCCAUUAAUUACCUUUGGUUGAAACAAGUUAAUGUGUGUUGACAAUGAUAAAUCUUAGCCUUUCUUUCUCCAGAUUUCAUUAUUAGAUACAAAAACAUGCAAAUACAUGUAUAAUUUUAGCUUUUGGCCCUUGUAUGUUCUAAAAGAUUCAGAAUAGUGUAAUGCAGCACAUUUUUCUCA